UAAAUUCUAACAUAAAAGCAGCUUUUAAAUCCCAGCAGAAGAUGAGGGGGGCGUAUAGGCUUCGCUUUAUGAGCGGGGCUCGCGCUUUGCGGCUGAAAUGAAUGAAGAAAGUGGCGGAAACGGUGCGCCACAGGUUUCCUUCACGUGACGGCCGCGCAUGCGCACUGAGCCGGUAGUAACUCGGACACCGUAAUCUGGAAGCGGCUCUGACAGCGAAAGGGGAAGAAACUAUUGCGCUGCUCGGCGGGGACGGAAGCCACUUUUCCCCCGCGCCAGGACCCGGCUCCCGAGGCUUUAGGACCCGGUUUCUAGAAGCUUUAGGACCCGCUUUCCAGAGGCGGCAGGACCCGGUUCCAGGGGCGACCCGGCAGCCAUGAGCUUCUUCGGCUUUGGCCAAAGUGCGGACGUCGACGUAGUCCUGAACGACGCCGAGACGAGAAAGAAAGCCGAGCACAAGAGCGAAGACGGCCGGAAGGACAAGUAUUUCCUCUUCUACGACGGAGAGACGGUGUCCGGGAAAGUCAGCGUGACGCUGAAGCACCCCGGAAAGAGGCUGGAGCACAACGGCAUCAAGAUAGAGUUCAUCGGGCAGAUCGAGCUGUACUUCGACAGAGGGAACCCCCACGAGUUUGUGUCCCUGGUGAAAGACUUGGCCCGACCCGGGGAGCUGACGCAGUCGCAGAGCUUUGACUUCGAGUUCACGCACGUGGAGAAACCGUACGAGUCGUACACCGGCCAGAACGUCAAGUUACGUUACUUCCUGAGAGCGACUGUUGGCAGGAGGCUGAACGACGUCAGCAAAGAGCAGGACAUCGUGGUUCACUCGCUCAGCACGUACCCUGAGCUCAACUCCUCCAUCAAGAUGGAGGUGGGCAUCGAGGACUGCCUGCACAUCGAGUUCGAGUACAAUAAGUCCAAGUAUCACCUCAAAGACGUGAUCGUGGGGAAGAUUUACUUCCUCCUGGUGAGGAUCAAGAUCAGACACAUGGAGAUCGACAUUAUCAAGCGCGAGACGACCGGGACGGGACCCAACGUCUACCACGAGAACGACACCAUAGCCAAGUACGAGAUCAUGGACGGAGCUCCAGUCAGAGGAGAGUCCAUCCCCAUCCGGCUGUUUCUGGCCGGCUACGAGAUGACGCCCACAAUGAGGGACAUCAACAAGAAGUUCUCAGUGCGGUACUACCUGAACCUGGUCCUCAUAGACGAGGAGGAGCGGCGCUAUUUUAAGCAGCAGGAGAUCACUCUGUGGAGAAAGGGCGACAUAGUGAGGAAGAGCAUGUCUCACCAAGCCGCCAUCGCCUCCCAGCGCUUCGAGGGCUCCUCCCACCUGGACAGGAGCACGAGCCAGGGCGCCGAGGAGCGAGACGGCUAACUCCCAGCAUGCACUUCACCUCCCCGGCUGCCAGGGUCUGAGGACGGAGCAGGAACGCCGGUCUGAACUGUGAAUGUGAAAUCAUUUGUCUGCAUUGAGAUCGAAUGCUGAUGAUGGAAGGGAGUGCGUGAGGUUUUGGAACAGGACGGCGGGAAGGGGCAGCUCUGCCCCCCCCACUGCAGGCCCCAGUGUUUCCCAUUUUAACCACCAGCUCCCAGGUGGGGUCUGCUCCCCAUACAGCGAGUGGACGUGCCAGCAGAAAGAAAACUGCACAGAAAUCACUAAAAGUCUCCAAAACGACCCUUCUGAUUAAUAUUAAACACCUCAGACUGGCAAAAGCCACCCAGUAGAAGCACUUAAAUACCCUCUGCAGACACUUUGCGUCGUCUAAGGUGAUGCAGGGGUCCACUGUGGGCGUGUGUGUGACGUUGUCACACAGAGCAGAGACGGGUUUGUAAAGAAUAGAUCCCACACUUUGUCUGUCCACGUGCUUUUUUUUGUAAAGAAGGCCUUUUGGUCUUAAAGAUUAGACAAUUGUUUGACAGAAAUCCUCUAAAAUGGAGGAAAAAACUACGAAAAAUAAGGUAUUUUCAUACAUUCCGCGGCUCCGGUCAUAAAGAGAAGCGUUUUUAUUUUUACACAGAAAAACAUUUUUCCAUGUUUUAGCUCCAGAUGGUUGAGGUUUGAGGAGCUGCUGCUGCUGCUAAAACAACACCCUCUAUUUCCUCCAUGGUUGUAACAUUUGCCUGGUUUCUUAUUUGCACUACGGCAUCUUUGAGCUUCUCUUCCUGCUCUCAGAGCUGGAGGAUGUCACAGUGGGGCUCCUGACUUCAAAGCUAAUGAGAGCAGUAUAACUCCUGGCUGUUCUCACCCUUUACACUUCUGCUGUGACCUUGGGUCCCUCUUUAAGUCAAAAGCGAUACAGAUGUCCCAUAACUUCAGAAAACGUGGAGAGUUUCAUUCUUGGUGUUUCAAAACUGAGAAACGUUUCUUUUUCGUUUCAGAACCAAAAACAAGGUACCAAAAACCCAACCAAUGUGAUUCUGGCUACUUCGGCUCGUUUUACCCAAGAUGUGAACGUGAGCUCGAUCUGGUUUUUAAUAUUUGAUGGUCAACAAUCCCUGAGAGUUGGGUUUCAGGUCAGGAUCUGGAGCAAGACUUAGCUUUUGAUAGAACGGUCAGAGGGCGAUGAGGCAAAACGCGGAUCGGCUUUCCCAUUAGCAUAUUCCUGACUUCCUGCCACCGCUUUAAGGUUUUUAAAAAAUGCUCGAUUGUUUGCAUCUCGGGAUUGGUCAGUUGUAGAGAAAUGGGACCAGGAAUUAUGUCUGAUGGAAUAAGUUUCCAGGUAAAAACCUUGACAGAAAGUCCACAGUUUUUAGGCUAAAAAAAGUGCAAAUUCUUCAGAUAUGCAGGAGCAUCUUAUGAGUAACUGAGAACUAUAAUAAAUCACUCUCUUUUAUAUAUAUAUAUAUAUAUAUAUAUAUAUAGCUUUAACAGCUAAUUUCCCAUUGGACAGGAGGCUACUUAACAUCCUGCUAUGAGAGGUGCAAUUUUUAUUUCUUUUUCUUUUUGUAAAUUAAAAAAACAAAUAUAAAUGUUGUAAAACAAAACAGAUUUAGCAGCCAGAAUACCAAGUUUUUGUAGACUCUCUCUCAAGUUUUAGCUGUUUGUUUGACCCUUUUCGGCAUCAAUCUUCUUCCACAGACUGGAAGCUGCAGCAUCCAGCAGACAGAGCCUCAGAGCGCUGCCGUCCUGCUGGAAGUCAGACUAGAUCAGCCCCCACCCCCCACCCCCCCACUUCAGCUGUGGAAAAACAACAGGUCUCUGAAAAUGACCCCAUAGCACUUCAGCUGUCCUGUUAGGCGCGGAUUAUUUUGGAUUAGUCCAUGACAGGAGCGUGUAGAUGGACCAGAGAGGCGGUUUUAGUGACAUUAGCAGGUUUGAUGCUAAAAUCAGUCAGAGAUAAUUCAGCAUGGAUUUGUUGAUAGUGUCUGUCACCAUCUCGGGGAGCCAGUGGAGCCUUUGCAGGACUUUGUGUUUGUCUGUGGUUAGAGCUUGCAGCUGAGCCUCACUUCUUCAUUAACAGCUUGUAGGAGUCAAGUUUCAUUUGGAUUUUGAAAUUAAAACCUCGCCCCCCACACAGGUUUUUAGCAUUCAGUCUCCAGGAUGCUGAGUGGAUAACUGAUAAAAGAUGUGAAGUGGUUGUAGCCAGCUGGACCCCUUUGAUUAGUUACAUUUCAUGAAUUUGGGAUUCUUCGAGAUGUUUUGGGCCUUUAUUAGAAUGUAGGCAGGCAGGUAAGGGGGCAGCUAAGAGCCUCACACCCAGCCGCCCACAGCUGCUGUGCACCCCCACCCUGCUCAUCCAUUUGAACCAAAAAGCCCUCUCUGCUCCUCGUUUGUGUUGGUGGUAGACGUCACUGCCUUCUGACCCAUUCCACAUUUUGCCCCGAAUGAAGAUUAAGGAUUUAGUGAGAGUUCUGUGUUGGAUUAUUUGCUUUGGGACCUCCUCCUUCUUUCUUCCAGUAUCACUAAACAUGGCCCAACUCCCCAAACUCGGCUCAACUGAUGGUGUUUGGAGCCCGAUUUAUCUCUUUGAUGGCUUUAACAAAGUUUUCGUGCAGAAUAAAGUCAUUAAAAUCGGGCGGACACACAAACCAGGUUUAAGAGGCGGCCCACAAAUUGGAUUCACCUCCGUGUCCUCGGUCAUUAAACUUUAAUAAGGGAGAGAGACACAAACUAACCGAUGAUUCAGCGGCCCAAUCUUCUCCCAUAAAACCAGUAAGAAUUAAGUCUGCAGUAACUAUGCAAACAUCCAAUCCAACCUUAUUUAUAAAGCACGUUUAAUGCAACAAACCAGCCCCAGCAUCUGUUGACUCCUCUCAUAAAGCCAGAGUCCUGAGCUGUUCUGCUUUAUUCCUCUGCCCAGUUUAAGAAUCUCAAACACGAAUCGAACACAUUUGUUCCGUCUCUUUGGUGCAGACAUGCAGCAGCACGCCGGACCCAGUUUUGUUUGUUCUGACGAGAUGGCCACGUCUCUAAUCGCCCGGUCUGUAAAUGUUGAUUUAAAACAUGAAAAACGAUGUAAACAUGUCAGUGUUCGUGUGAAAUGUGUGUAUCCUGAUGAGGAUGCACCAAUCAUGAAUAUUUUUAUAAUCAUUUUAUCUGUAACUACACGGUACUUUGAAAAGAAGAGUAACUCACCUGAGAGAAAUUAAAGCAUUGUUUUAAUGAUUUUAA